CAGGGGAGUUUGGUGGAGAGUUCCUCUGUGCUCUCUUUCUCUCUAGAAAUUACACAACUUUCUCCUCCGAAAUCAAACCAAUACAUACACAAAUUUGUGUUUAUCGACGGAUGAUCAAACAGAUUAUCUGAAUUUCCCUAAAAAAUUCGGGAUUUUUUCUUAUUUGAGAUAAAUUUGAACAUUCACGAUUCGGAUCAAAGGAAAUGGACACAAAUUCAUGGACUCGUUUCUCUACUUCGAAUUCUUCUCUAAGGCGGUAUCAAUCUCGAUCAGACGCAUUUCAUCUUGUAGAAGAAACCGAUGAUGAACCACGACCUGAGUACUUAUGCCCAUUCUGUGCUGAAGAUUUUGACAUUGUAGGUCUCUGUUGUCACAUCGACGAAGAACACACAGUUCAAGCAAAGAAUGGGGUAUGCCCCAUAUGUGCAAAAAAAGUGGGAACUGGUUUAAGGAGAUUGCGUAGAGUUGGAUCAAAUUCAACUUUUUCUAUUUUGAAAAAGGAAUUAAGAGAAGGAAACUUGCAGUCUGUUCUUGGAGAUCAAUCUCAUUCCUCUACUGCAGCAGUUUCAAUAGUGGAAGGCUCAAAUAAAGAUUUCUUGACAAGGGUCAUAGUCUUGCACGAGAAGUAGGAAGGAUGUGAAAUUUGAAUUCAGCGUCCAAGUGACAAGUGAGUACAUGUCUAGUUUUAAACAUGACACACAACAAACGAGUCAUGUUUGUAAAGGGCAUGCGUUGCAUAUAUUGCGAUUAUGUGUUGCAUGAGUUUUUAUAUACGUGAG